AAUUUGUUGUUACAUACAAAACGUUGUAUAUAAGAUUCUGUACAUUGAAAACAUAAAAUUUUUUAUUACAUAAUUCAUACAUAUAUUGUUAAGAGUUUAAAAUUUUUUUUUUAGAUAUUUUUGUAAAAUAUUUAAAAAUGGGAGAUUUUCAUUCCCCUAUGCGUCUUAUUUCUCAUAAUGCAAGAAAUUUAACACCUAAACCACAAGUUCAACAAAUUCUUCAUUUAAAACAAGUUCAAAAUAAAACAAAGAAAAAUAUUACAUGGUUCUUUAUAAACAGUAUUCUUGUCAGUAUUAUUAUCACAGAUAUAUUAUACGGGGGUACAGCUUAUAAACCAUUUUUUUGGAUUGAAUGGUUUUUGGCAUCGAUAUUUGCUAUAAAUGCAUUUUAUCAUAUAGUACAGUAUACUUGGACAAAUUUUCAAAUACAGCCAAUAACAUUAAGUCCACGACAAAGAAUUUUAUUAGGAGUAUCUAAGGAUGAUCCACUUUUCAAAAGUGAAACACCUGUACAAAAAACCAUGGAAUCGAAUACAUCCUUAAAUUUAUCUUGUAUUAGUCUUAACAGACGCGUGACACCACUUGGAUCCUCGCUAAAUGAAAGCAAAGAUUAUUCAAUACAUACAUUUGCUAAAUAUGGCAAUGCAUUGUCUCCAAAACUAAAGCUCAAUGGUAAUGGAUCUAUGAACAAAUCUUUAAAUUCUUCUAUAAAUAGUACAUUAGCAAGCGAAAGUUUCAUCCAAAAUGAAGCUGAAUUGCAAAAAUAUUUAAAAGAUGCAUCCGUACAAAGAAAAACUAUACUUUCUACUAAUAUCGAUGAACCCUCCAAUUUGUUGAGUUCAUUUUGGACACAUCCUGCUGUUAGAAGUACCAAUGAAGUUUCUCCUGCUUUAAGAAGAUGUGCUUAUCAACUUGCUCCUACUAUGUCUUUUGAUAAAUCAAAAUCUUCAAGUCCUUGUGUAGAAGAAGGAAAUUCGCCAAGAGGUACCUUUGGUAUUCCAGAUGUUUGGAGAAAAUAUAGAGUUGAUCCAAUUAAAGUUAAUGAAUGGACUGCUAAUCUUCGCAUGUGGAUUAGUAAAACUGUUGUCGAAAGAGUUGCUACAGAAAUUGAUAACAUAUGUUCAUCUUUGACUCGUCAUGGUUUAAGUGAUUCUCAACCAGGACAUAUUGGUUUGGAUAGACUGAGAAAAUUGGCACAAGCACAAUUUUUAGUGUCUACGAUACCAACGCUUCCUACAUUAGUACCUUUUCUAGAAUUAUCCAACAAUCAAGAAUAUUUAGUAAAAAGAAUUAAAACGCUUGCCAAAGGAGGUUCUAUGAGUGAAUUCAAAUGGAAUAGUGGUGGUUCGCAUAAUGGCAAAGAAUGGGAUUCUAGUUUACCGACUGAUUCAGCUGUAAUAAUGCAUUUAAUAGCAACUUAUAUGGAUACGCAAUUAGAAGCUCCUUUAGAUCAACCAGAUGCACGUCCUUUCUCAUCGAGGUAUAUGGCUCGAUCAGGCAUGGAUUUACCAAGAAAUAAAGGUCCUAUAAUAAUGUGCCAAUCUGUAAAUCCACCCCAUUAUUGUUUAGCGUUAUCUGGCGAUUCCUUGCCAACUGAUUACGAAGAAAUUCAACGGGGUAGAAACAAUUUAUUUUACACACUCUUACUUUUUUUAUAUAUUGUUAAAACUCGAGAUCAUGGUAUGUUAGGACGUGUUAAUUUAGGAGCAUCAGGUAUUAAUAUCUUAUGGGUUAUUGAAGGCUAAAAUUAAUAAAAAAGCGUUUAUAUAAUUUUACUUAAUAUAACUUAUAUAAACAACUUCAAUCUUUUCACAAUUGGAUAUGUUUCUAUAGACAAAUUUUAAUUAAGUAUAUAUUAAUAUACAUAUAUUAACAAACAAUCAAAUGAUAUUUUAUAAAAUA